AUGCCCCCCUUGCGGCCCUGGGGUCCCAUUUUCGAAGAGAUUACUCUCCCGCAGAACAGAAUGUCAUCGACGGUCUUCUCGAUGCUGCCAACAUCUCUUCAGUCCCGGCUACCGCCUCUGCGGUCUAUCCGCAAGAGCGCAAGCAUGCAAACCCUCACCUCGAGCAGGCAAUCACACACCCGCACCCUGUCGGGACUCGACGACGGCGUCCACAGAAAUAUUACGCAGGCGCGCCUCGUCUCCGAGAGCACGGAAGAGCAGCACAUGAGCUUGGUGGCCACAGAGCAUCGGACGUAUGAGGUGCGAUCGGCGGCCGAGAAGCAUGAGCAGCAGCGGCAACAAACGGAACAGUAUUAUCAGCAACAGCAACAGCAAGCGUCUAGCCAAUCUUCAAACGUAGAUUGGCGCUUCGCCCAGCAAGGACUUGCUUUGAUCGCCGUCGCCCAAGAUGAGUUGAGGCAUCCGUCAAGGCGGCCGGCAGUCGAUUUUGAGAGGAAAGCGUUUCUCGACGGCGUCGAGUACAUCCUUAAGGCCCUUCCCAGCGACCUAAACGAACACGAGCUUCACCGACUACGCACGUCGACGCCCUCCAAUUUCAUCCCACCACCAAGUCCGAGCGGCCGGGCGUAUUCUCCGUCGCGGGGUGCGAACAACGGCAGAUCGAUUCUUCACCGGGGCGUCCAAAUCGCAGUCGUCAACAUCUUCAUCCUCAUCCACCUGGCGCUGCCGUACAUCAUCCUCAUGCUGCGGUUAGCGGCCCGCACGGAGAGGGAGUACCGGAUAUCGGAGAACCUUGUGGGUGCGGGCAUGGGUCUCGCCAACGCGAUCGGCAGCAAGGGAAUGCGCAUAACCGGGGCGCUGUACAACGUUGGCGACGGCAGGCUCGGGCAGGCUCUCACAGAGGCCGUUGCCUGGACGGUUGAGGGCCUCACGGGAGGUCUAUCCGAUGGUGUAGGCGAGGGCCUGUCCAUCGUGGCGCCCAAGAGACAAUGA